CAUUCCCUGAGAGGCUGAGGGUCAGCACAGCACCAUGGCUGAGUCCAGCAAGCCCAUCCUCUAUUCCUAUUUCCGAAGCUCCUGCUCGUGGAGAGUGCGAAUUGAUGCUGAAAAACACACCGAGGCUCAGGAAGUUACUUGCCCAAGACCACACAGCUAGUGAAUGUGAUGACAUUUGAACCCAGGCAGCCCGCUUCCAGAAGCCUGGCCCUGACGGGAAGCCAUCCUGCACAGCCCACCUUCUCCUACAGUCACGUGGUGUUAGCUGGCAUCCGUAGGCAAGAGCACUGGAGUAGGACCUGUUUCUCCAAGAAGACUCCAUCCCGAGGUCCGGAGCCUCUGCCCCCCGCUGGGCCAGACCCGAGCAGCAUGGGCACUGUCCUGCAGGGCCUGCAUUGGCCUCCCAUCUGGCCCUGAGAGAGCUUUCCCUCUCCUGGGUGGAGCUGCCAGUGCUGAGGAAGAGCCCAGCAUCUCCCAGGCUCUCUGCAGACCCUGACACGGUUCACCCUCCUCCCCCACUCCUUUGCCUGACACUGGCCAUGGCCAUAUUUUAAUGCACAAGCAAGCGUGUCCGCAUUCGCCUGGCCUCCUCCACUGGAGGAGUGUUCUACCCUCUCCUCACCAGGAGAAAACAUCAAAGGAGAAGGGGAGGGAAUCCAGCCACUGGGAGUGACAGCAAAUGUGCUGAGACCACCAGAGAGCCCUCUUUCCCUGCUUGGCAUCUGUAUAAACAGCCCUGAGGACAGAGAGGGUGGAUUAGAAAGGGAUUCUUCUCUAAACAGAAGAGGGACCCUGCGUAGUCACGGAGCGCCUUCCCUCGGCCCUCAGGUGCCUUAAUGAAGGAAUAAUUGCAUGUCUCCAAGAAAUAAGCCCUGCUUGCCACUGGCCCCACAGGGGACAGAGUGAAGGGGACACUUCCCUGCUGUCCUCCAGGACCCGCAGUGUGCCAGGGCGCAGGCCCCCAUGGCUCUGCCCAGGGCCGUGAGGGCUCCACUGCAGAUACAGAAAGUUCAGGGGUGAGAGGGGCAGAGCAUCGUGGCCCUGAGAUCAGGGAGCAGGUGGCGGUCAAGGAAGCUGGACCAAGCAGACAGGGCUGCCCCACAGUGUGGAGAAGGAAGCUCCCUCCCUCUUGUCACCCUGGGAAGUGUGCUCAGUGGCUGUCCCCCGACCGCUGUCUGCUGUCUCUUCUAGCUCUGGCCUUGAAAAACAUCGACUAUGAGAUAGUAGCCAUCAACCUUAUAAAGGAUGGGGGGCAGCAGGUAAGGAGGCCGCCCCAGACCGCAGUGUAGGAGUUAAAGGCCUUGGAAAAGGACCCACUGGAGGUGCUGACUUCCGACCCCAAAAGAUGCACCUGUGCCCCCAUGACCUCCAUGGACAGAGGAGGCUGCUGGCUCUCCCUGUGGGGCUGAUGGCAAGCUCAGCAGCAAGAGGAGCCAUGGGAAGGGCCCAGGUUCCAGGCUCCAUACCUCAGCCUGGCCCCUCAAGAUCUGACUCCAGGAGGGUGGGUGUGAGUGGGUCCUCUGGAUGUGCCUUGGUGGCCACAUAGAGGGUGCACAGAGGGAAUUCCCAUUGUGGCUCACUGGUUAAGAACUCAACCAGUAUCCAUGAGGAUGUGGGUUCAAUCCCUGGCCCCACUCAGUGUGUUUGCUGUGGUGUAGGCUGGCAGCUGUAGCUCCUAGCCUAGGAACUUCCAUAUGCCAUAGGUGUGGCCCUAAAAAGCAAAGAAAAAGAAGAAGGUGCAGGAACAAGCACAUAGCCAGGCCACUGUAUCUUAGCUGCCACUGGGGAUGGGGAUAGUACAUGGAUCCCCAGUAUCACCCUGGGCCCAGGAGCCAGGGCCCUGCCCUGGGGAGGGAGGUGCAGGUGGCCAGUAGGCCUGGGGGGCUUCCUGCUUGUUAGACUGUAUUAGCCAGCUCAGGCCAGGCCACCCAGCCCACCAGGGCCUUGUCUCCACAGUUCUCCAAAGAAUUCCAGGCCCUGAAUCCCAUGAAGCAGGUGCCGGCCCUGAAGAUUGAUGGAAUCACCCUCAGCCAGUCACUGGCCAUCAUUGAGUACCUGGAGGAGACCCGGCCCACGCCCCGACUUCUGCCUCAGGACCCAAAGAAGAGGGCCCAAGUGCGCAUGAUUUCUGACCUCCUCGCCAGUGGCAUCCAACCCCUGCAGAACUUGUCUGUCCUGAAUCAAGUGGGAAAGGAGAACCAGCUGACCUGGGCCCAGCGGGUCAUCGCUCCUGGCUUUAACGCUCUGGAGCAGAUCCUGCAGAGCACAGCGGGGAAGUACUGCAUGGGAGAUGAGGUGUCCAUGGCUGACCUGUGCUUAGUGCCUCAGGUGGCAAAUGCUGAAAGGUACAAGGUGGAUCUCUCUCCCUACCCCACCAUCAGCCGCAUCAACAAGUCCCUGCUGGCCUUGGAGGCCUUCCAAGUGUCUCACCCCAGCCGGCAGCCAGAUACACCCCCCGAGCUGAGGGCCUAGCUCUCAAACUGUAUCCCACUGGUGCUGGGGCAGGGAGCGGGUGUGGGAGCAGAAGCUGGGUGAGCUGAAUGGGCCUGGAAAUAAGUGAGUCCCAACUGGAGAGGCAGAAGACUUGAACUCCUAGCCCUUGACCUUGAACUCUCGCCCUGUAUCUCCCUUCCCACUGAACCUCUUUCUGGGUCAGCCCCCUCAUGUGUUACAUGUGGGGAGGGUGGCAGGGGGCUGCCAGGAGGAGGCUGGGCGGGAGCGUUGCCUGCUAUCUGUGUCACGGGCAGUCAUGAAAUGAAUGUAAAGUGUCUGGCACAUUUACAGAGAGCCACGAGCAAGGUCAAGUGUCUCUUUCCAGACCCUCCCCUGUACCUGACUCCAGAGAAUUGCCCCCCACCCAAAAAUUGGAUAAUUAAAGCCCAAGCCUCCAGGUUGUUGUGUUAAGGCUGAGCUGGGUUCCAGAAGGUGAACACUUCCCAGCUGGAAUCCCCCUGCGUCUGGACCAGGAGAGAGAGUCAGCAGCCACUUGCCCCCCCUGUGGUUGGCCGGGCCGCUGGGACCUCAGGGCAAGGGAGAGAAGUCAGCCCCAAAUCCUGCCCGAGAGCAUCAGACAAGACCCAGAGGAGAGCAGGUAAGAGAAGCAGGAGAGGAGGCAUUCUGUGACCAGCUGAGCACCCAGGCCAUGAGACCAUUGGUCAGGUCCAUGGCGACACUGAGGGGGACGCUGGCCCUCUCAGCCCAGCCCCUCAUCUUCAGGGGCAGCAUUCUCUGGACCAGUCCCAGGAUUAGGUACUUGAGAUCCAUCUGGUUGUGACUGGUCCUGGGAACUGGAAGCAGUCUCCUCCUCCAUGGGCAGCGUGCAUGCCACUGCCAGACUAGUUCAGACCAACCAGGUGACAGUUGACCUCGGGCUGCCCUGGAGGGUGGACGUUCCCAUGCCUGGCAGAACCAGGAUCACCUCUUGGCAGAGACACUGUAAGGAGAUUGGGGUCCCUUCUGGGAAAGAAACCAGAUGACUUUUAGGUCCCAUUCCUGAGCAUCAUUUCCCUGCAUGGCUGAGGUUUAAACAGGGAUGAAGAUAUUUACAUCUGGUCCACAUGGAAGACACCCUUCUUGGCCAUGAGUCCCUUUUCUUUAGCCCCCAUCCCAGGGCACCUAGUUCUCCCCUCUCACGCCAGGCUCCUUUGUGGCCGGGUCCCAGUCUCUAGAAUGACCAAAGUGGGCCCCUCUUGUUCCUGGGGCGAGUUUGUCCUGGCAGAGCCAGAGAGAGGCACAGGAAGAUAGAUGAGACACAGCGGUCGUGAGGGAGAUGGUGGUGCCUGCGGUCCUGCCCUGCUGCCAUCUGGACCCUUUGCCUCAGGUUACUCCAGACUUGCCUGGCUGCAUGCGGCUCACCUGGGCUGUCCCCAAGAAACCUGUACCUGAGAUAAGAGCCUCAUCUCCCCAGCUCAAGAAUCAGUAACAGUCCCCUGACUUGACUUUUGAAAUGGAAGGUGAUUAAACUGCCCAUCAAAGA